CACAUUUGGAAAGCCGUGUCCGAAGAUUCGUUGUUUAUCCGCGAAAGGGGACAUGGGACUAAAACGAAAUUAUCUGAUAAGUCUAUUUCUCUACAUAUCUGCUAUCAACGAGAUUCGUUGGCCAACGGUAACAUGUCAAGAUGACGAAGCUACUAGCGGAUGUUUACCGAAAAAAACAUUUUUGGCCCUUCUACGUCUUCCGGAAGUUAGUUCAAAUUUGGCCGCGUAUUCAAGAACAGCGGGAUUAAUUCAGGAAUCAAAAAAUCGUGAUGAAAUGGAUAAUUGGAAAGCAAUGAAUUUAGAAGAUAGUGAGGAUGGUGAAAUUUGUCUUCCGGCAGCCGUUUAUCUUGAAUUAUUUAGAAAUCCAGCUAUGCGAGGUCAUUUGAGUGCAGUUGCAAGGGCAUUGAAAAUUCUUGAAAAUCCAUUUGAAUCAUAUCAAGAUGCUGAUAUUAAACGAAGUUUGGCAAUUCUUGCAAAAAAUAAUGAUAUGCCAACAGUAACACAGGAUCAGGAAGGCGAUGAAGUUGGGAAUGGACCAACUGAUGGCGAAGGUGGGGAAGAUGGAAUAAAUAAUGAUGAGGCUUCUGAAUUUGAUAAUGAAACUUUAGAUCUGCUUUUGAAAAUUCUCCAUAAAAAUGAUCAGAAAAAUGUGCAUGCUGUUGCUAGGGAAUAUUCACUUCCUAACGGACAAAUUGACUUUGAGGCGAUAGAAAGGGAUUAUGGACAGGAUAAACGAAAUAUUGCUUCUUUAGCCAGGGAAUCAAAUUUACCAUCUUAUGGCAAGAGAAAUUUGGCAUCAUUAGCAAGAGAUUACGCCCUUCCUGGAGGAAAGCGAAAUUUUAGUGAUUUUUUGACGGAAUCGCCAGUAUCGUAUGAAAAACGUAAUUUAGCAUCAUUUAUGAGGAGUUACGGUGGUAAACGUAAUAUUGCGUCAUUAGCGAGAGAUUUUGCAUUACCGCCAAUGCCAGCUGGUACAGGACGAAAGCGAGCAUUAUUAAGAUUUUGGAAUUUACCAUUUGAUGAUGAAAUUGAAAAUGAGGAAAAAAGAAAUGUUGCAUCUUUAUCGAAAAAUCGAGCAUGGCCCACUGUACAUAAACGUUCUGGUAGAUCAAAAAUGCCCCUCAUUUUAAGUUAUCUUGCAAAAAAUAAGAAUGUAAGAAGGCCGAAGAGGCAAAUUGAUUUCAGUGAUGAAUAUCCAUUACCGGUCAUGCAAAAUAAUAAUGUUUUCGAUUAUGAGGAGCUUUUGGAAGCCCUCGCUGAACAAUAUCCCAAAACAGAGAAGAGGUUCAUGGGAGCAGGUCCUGUGAUGGAGAUGCAGGGCAGUGAUACCAGGAAGGUAUAUGACAACUUGCUUCAACCAACUAAAAGACAUAUUGGAGCACUAGCUCGUCUCGGAUGGUUGCCGACUUUAAGAGCAACUCGAUUUUCUCGCUCCCCAAGAUAUCUUGUCUCCAGGACGAAUUCCGCAGAUGGGACCACGUCCAACGACUCCACCAACACGGCGCCUUGGGCGUUAAGAUCGAGGCUCGGGUCACAAACACGUUACCUUCAGUCCAUGUACGAGGCUUGUCGUCACGCCAUCAAAAAAUUUCCAUUCUUAUCGACAGCUAAUAAUAAUCCUUAUCGACAUAAAUUUCCCAUUGAUUCCAAUUCAAUUUAUUAAUCAGUUUUUCGCUAGUUGAUUGAUUUAUUUUCUUUGCUUAUUCGUUUUAUAUAUAUUGAUUUAUCAGUAAAAGAGGACAAUUAAGUCGAUUGCUCAGAUCUUUAUAUCAAUUAAAUUAGAUGAAUACAUUUUAUUUUUUAUCGAUGAAGGAGUUUUCUGUUUUAUAACUUUUUAUCGACUCUGGAUUUCCUCUCUUACCGAUCGGCCUGUUUCUGUAAUUUUUCCCCUCGAGAGUAUUUUGAAAUUGAAUGAAAGAGGGCUUUACUUGCAGUUUAAAAAAAAAAAAUGUAGAAUAUUUUUAUGCUGCUUUUUUUGGUAGAUUUUGAUUUGAAAAUUCAGUAAUGUAUCUUUCAAGAAGAAAAAGGUUUUUUUUUCUAUUUUCAACUAUUCUUGUUACAAUACGAAAUAUUCAUAUUAUAUCAACUGUUGAGAAUAGCUGUGUCAGAGACAAUAAUUUUUUUAAUUGAAGUGAAUGAUAUUACACUGUACCAUAUCAUAAUAAUUGAACUAUCUUAUUAGAUAUAAUUAUUAAAUUAAUUUGAAAAUGAAUAUUUUGAAUGGGGGACAUUAUUUCUACUCUAGUUGUUCUUAGGGCUGGUUGAAGUUUGGAUAUUAAGUUUUAAUUUUUUUUUUAUUUUAUUUUACUUUUUUAUAUAAUAUUUUUAUAAUUAUUGUAUUAAAAUAAUAAUUAUAACUAUAUUAUUAUAAUUAUUAUAUAAUAAUAUUUAUUAACAUUAUACUGAAAAAAAAAUUUAUUUGAUUCAAACAAU